CGUGACAAUCUCGGUCAUAUCUCGUUUAACACUCGUUGGAUUCCGGGACAAACUUCUUCCGUUCGGUUCUGGUUAGACAACUGGCUUGGUUACACUCUUGCUGAUCGUCUGGGCAUCCCCGUUGGUUGGCAGGAUACAUUUACGGACACUAUUGGGGAUUAUUAUUAUGAGGACACUUGGCACUUCACUGAGGACUUCAUUACCCGGCAUACUGACAUCGUCAUUGAUAUCCUCUCUUACCCUAUGUCUCAGGAUACAAGGGACCUUUGCAUUUGGACGGGCGUCCCCUCCGGGAAGCUUACGGCCAAGACUGCCUACUCUUACUGCCGUCACCGAUUCCCGAGUGUUAGAUGGGGACGCUGGAUUUGGUCUGGUCACAUGGAAGUCCGUAGAUCCCUUCUGACCUGGAGGGUGGUUAACAACCUAUGGCCCUUUCUUCCCGUCUUCGUCGCUUUGGCUGCUUUUGUGGUGCCUAUCCCGAAGGAGGUCAAUUACAUCGAGCCUAGGAACGGGGUGAUUAUCACCUCGCCAGAGAAUAAGGGAGGUAGCACACUGCUUCAAAUAAAGCGCAGUGAACAACCAACCUACCGCUACGUGGGGAUC